UUUCCUCUUUGCAACCUCAAUACUGUCACAUUCACAAAGAAAAGAAACAACUUGAUCUAGAUUUAACCGAGGAAACUGAGUUCUUCACAUGGGCACUCUCUUCUUUCUCAAAUUCAUAUUAGUUUCAUUGGCAUUGCUACCAUCACUUCAAGCAGAAAUUCAGGGGAUCAAAUCUUCUCGCCUUCUUGAUCUUCUCAUCAGGGACUACACCGUCAAGUCCUUCAACAAGCAUCUGAGGACUGGCACUGUCCACACUGUACAUUUACCUGCGAACUUCUCCGGGAUCAAGGUCGAUACUGCGAGGUUUAGAUGCGGCAGUCUCCGGCGAUACGGCGCUCAGGUGAAGGAAUUCCAUCUGAACAUUGGCGUAACAGUACAGCCUUGUGCAGAGAGGGUGAUGUUGGUUAGGCAGAACUUGGGGUAUAAUUGGUCUUCUAUCUACUAUGCUAACUAUGAUCUCUCAGGGUACCAGCUUAUCUCCCCUGUUGUAGGCCUUUUGGCGUAUAACGCCGGAACCGAUAUUAACAUUAGCAAUCCUUACGAGGUCGUAAUUGUAGCCAGAGAUAAACCGAUCACAAUAAACUUCAGCAACAUUACAAGGGUUUCCAGCGUCCCUGGAAUUAGGCCGUUGUGCGCUAGUUUUGAAGGGGAUGGGAAAGUGACACUGAAAACCCCGAAGUCCGCAGGAGUUUGCGUUGCAACAAGACAUGGGCAUUUCGGUUUGGUUAUCGAGAUGCCACCAUCUACGCCGGAGAGGAAGAAGAUCAGCCGGUGGAAGGUGGUGGUGGGGAGCUCGAUCGGAGCUGCAUUGGGUGCUUUUCUGUUAGGGUUGCUUCUGGUGGCGAUGUUAGUUAAGGUGAAGAAGAAAGCCAUGAUGGAAGAAUUAGAGAGGAGAGCAUAUGAGGAGGAAGCUUUGCAAGUUUCGAUGGUAGGGCACAUCAGGGCUCCUACUGCAUCUGCAACUCGAACAACGCCGAUAAUUGAACAUCGAACGAACCAGAGAGAAGGGAUUGUGGAUUUAACAGAUGGUAUCGUAGCAAAGUUUAGGUCUAAAAUGGUAGUCACCACCACUGAGCAACAUCAUGAAACCAAGAGCUUGGAAGGCUAUUUUUUUGAUCCCAAACGGUCACCGGUGCCUCCUACUCCGAUCCAAUCAGACCCCCUCCCGUCUCUAGGGUUUCCUCUCCUCCUCUCUCCGAUCAAUCCAUUGUCCAUGGAUGAUCCCACGGGAACCAGUCAGCAUCCGCCACUGCAGUCAGCUCCGGUAACUCCACGAUUGAACCUCCCUCCGAGAAUGUCAGAUUCUUCUCUUCCUCUCGAGAAUCUUCCGUCUCGGACCAGUCACGUUAACCGUAUGAUUAAUUCCGGCUACAGUCCGUCGCCGUCGCGAACUAUUUAUUCGGAUAGGUUUAUCCCCAGCAGAUCCGGCUCAAAUUUUGCGCUUUUUGAUAUCUCUAAUUCUCCCGCGUCAUCCGAGGGGAAAGAGGAUGGGUCUGGAACUUAUAAGAGCCUCUUGCAUGCCGCUCUUUUUGGGCCCGACACUCCCCUGAAGAAGGACUCUUUGAGCAUGCCGAAGUCGCGGAAUAUUUUCCGGUACAAGACUGAGACUAGGAAGUCACUGCAUUCGAUUUCCCCUUUCGCGUUUGAUGAGGGGACGCCUGGAGUUAGCCAUACUCCAGUUAAGGCUCCAAGGAAGGUGCCAAGGUCGCCUUACAAGGUUUUGGACGCACCUGCAUUACAAGAUGAUUUUUAUUUGAAUUUGGUGGAUUGGUCUUCGCAUAAUGUGCUAGCUGUGGGGUUGGGAAAUUGUGUUUAUUUGUGGAAUGCUUGUAGCAGCAAGGUUACAAAGUUGUGUGAUUUGGGAAUUGACGAUAGUGUGUGUUCAGUUGGUUGGGCUCACCGCGGAGCACAUCUUGCAGUUGGGACUAGCAAUGGGAAAGUUCAGAUUUGGGAUGCAUCUCGCUGUAAGAGGCUAAGAACAAUGGAAGGCCAUCGGUUACGUGUUGGGGCCUUAGCUUGGAGUUCUUCUUUGUUGUCUUCUGGUAGCCGUGACAAAAGUAUUCUUCAAAGAGAUAUUCGUGCUCAGGAGGAUUUUGUUAGUAAACUCUCAGGGCACAAGUCAGAGGUCUGUGGCUUGAAGUGGUCUUAUGAUAAUCGUGAGCUAGCAUCUGGUGGAAAUGAUAACAGACUUUUUGUUUGGAAUCAGCAUUCCACUCAACCAAUCUUGAAAUAUUGUGGGCAUACAGCAGCUGUAAAGGCAAUUGCAUGGUCUCCCCAUCUUCAUGGACUUCUUGCAUCUGGAGGCGGUACAGCAGAUCGUUGUAUUCGAUUCUGGAAUACAACCACUAAUACACACUUGAGUUGCAUGGACACUGGCAGUCAGGUAUGCAAUCUUGUGUGGUCUAAGAAUGUGAAUGAACUUGUCAGCACUCAUGGAUACUCCCAAAACCAGAUAAUAGUCUGGAGGUAUCCUACCAUGUCGAAGCUGGCAACUCUAACAGGCCAUACAUACAGAGUUCUUUAUCUUGCAAUUUCACCUGAUGGACAGACAAUUGUUACUGGAGCUGGUGAUGAGACCCUGAGGUUUUGGAACGUGUUUCCUUCCCCUAAAUCCAAGAACACCGAGAGCGAGAUUGGAGCAUCAUCUUUUGGAAGAACAAUCAUUAGGUGACAUUAUCAAGCACUGCCAUUAUUUUGAAGCAUGACAGCAACAUGUGACAGAGCACUCUCGUGCUCAAAAGAUCUUGUCGUAUUGAUCCCGCUACUUGGAUUGAAUCAACCGGCCCACCGGCAAUGUAAAGUUCACAUCAAGUGCUACAACAUACUCAUAUCCAAGUUAUUGCAGAUUAUCCUGAUCUAUGGUUAAGAUGUGCUAUCAACUGUUCAUACCUGAUCCUGGUCCCCCAGUUGUACAGACAAGAGAGGGAUGUUAACGGGACAAGAACUAUUUAAGCACAUUUUUUUUGUUGUCCUUUAUUGUAAAUAACUUUUGUUUUUUCUCCUGUUUCCACUUCAAAUUUUCCAUUUUGUAUUUUCGAAUUAUUAAACUUCUUCAUUGCUUCUGGUUGUGUAUUUAUUUAUUUAUUAAAAAUGGCAAAAGCUU